AUGGAGGGGGGGAUCCAUGUGUCCCCCUCUGCCCUCCUUGGCGGAAAGAGCAAAUGGAAACAUCUUCCUGUAUCUCCUGUCCUGUUCCUCCACACUUCCCUCUCUGCAAUCCAAGCGCCCUGCAAGCAAGCAUCCAUCCAUCCUGGGGCGCUCCAGAGCCACCCUCCGUGCUCACUCUUCGUGCGUAAGUCUAGCCCCCUUUACGCCGUUUCCAAUAGCUGGUCCCUCCCCGCGUCUCCAUUCUCCUUCCGGCCCGGCCCCCUGGUGCCGGACCGUCGUUCCGCGGAGGCCCUUCGCAUCCCUCGUUCCGGUCGCUGCGGGGCUUCCCCGUGCGUAAAAAUGAGGUCCCCGACCGUAGGCGCUCCUGCGCCGGGCCCGGUGAAGGGGCAGCGGUGGGGCGUGGAGGAGACCCUGGCGCUCCUCCGCCUCCUCCGCGCCAGCCCGGCGGUGGGGGUCUUCAUGGGGAGCUGCUCGGCCAAGAACGAGGAGUACUGGCAGGAGGUGCGCCUCCAGCUGGCCGAGGCCGGGCACCACCGCACGGUCGAGCAGCUGCGGGCACGCUGGAAGCGGCUGAAGACGGACUUUUUCCGGGCCGGGCGGAGGGCGGCCGAAGGCCGGGGGAAGCCCUCCAACGCCCCGCCUUUCUACGAGCAAGUCCGCGGGAUCUGGAAGGCGGCCAAGCGGCCCGAGUUUUUCAGCAGGCACAUGCCCGAGACGCACCGGCAGCUCCUCAUGGAGAAGGCAAGACAGGAUUCAGAAAGAGAGGAGAGGGAGAUAGAGAUGGAGGAGGAAGAGGAGGAGGAGGAGGAAGGUCCUGUGCGGACGCUGGCGGUUAAUCUCAGCAAGGGUGCAAGGACAGACACCCACCAAGAGCACCUCAUGGAGAAGCGGAGCCAGGAUUAUGAAAGGGAGUGGAGGGAGUUUGAGAAGGAAAUCGGGAAGGAAGGGGUGGCUCUUCUGUGGGAGCUGAACGUUCACGUUGGCGAAUUGGCAAGGAGAAUGGAAGAUAUGAGCAACUCGAUCCAGGAGCUGAAGGAGACAGUUGCGCUUAUGCGUAUCCGUCAACAAAAUAGCUCUGUGAGGGGAAUAGGGACCAACUAGCACUUCUCUGCACAUUACAAUUUCCACGUUUCUUGCGGCUCCUGAGCAUAUGUGAACCCUGCGUGAAGGGUCAUAUCAGUGUAUUGGCCAGGACUUGGCUAGGGUAUGCAAAGACCAGGGUGUGAUUAAAUCCCUGAAUUAACACUGCACAGGGGUAGGGUGGUGGUGAGGAUAAUGUAAACUUUGUGGUCCAAUGGAAAUGCAACAUAGAAAAACAGGCUAUGACAAUUCCAUUAAAGCUUCUGUUUGUGCAAAAUAAAUGCUGAAUACUUAACACCA